AUGGCAGCUGCAACGCAUGAGGUGGUGGUUUGCAUUCUCCUCAUCAACGCCAUCGCUGUCCUUUCCGAAGAUCGCUUCCUCGCGCGCAUCAAUCUCUCGCCCGCUUCAUACGAUCCCGCAUUCGGUGCUGGCCCCGAUGCCAGUGUCAAGGCCAAGAUCAUCAAUCUGAUCGCGAGCGUUCGAACAAUCAUGAGGAAGACUAAUGCUACCAUAGUGCCAUUGAUCUUUGUCAACUCGGUCAUCAUUCUUUACGAGCUCAUACUUGGCUGA